AUGUCCCGACCUGGUAGUGCAGCAAAAGGUGGUCUAAUGACUGCGAAACCUACAUCAAGUCAUAAAGCACGAAUUAAUGUUAUCUAUUAUUCAAUGUAUGGUCAUGUUGCUACAUUGGCGAAAUCAAUAGCAAAAGGUGCUGAAGCAGCUGGCGCUGAAGUUCGUUUAAUACAAAUACCUGAAACAUUAUCACAAGAAGUUUUAGCAAAAAUGUAUGCACCAGAAAAAGAUACAGCUGUUCCAACAAUAACAUUUGGUGAAGCUAGUGACAAUACAGUAACUCUUGAAGAUGCACUUGUUAAUUGUGAUGGUAUCAUUUUGGGUUUUCCAACACGUUUUGGUGGUAUGCCAGCUCAAGUUAAAGCUGUAUGGGAUGCAACUGGUGGAUUAUGGAUGAAAGGUGCACUUGUUGGUAAACCACUUAGUAUAUUCUUUUCUACAGGCUCACAAGGUGGUGGACAAGAAACAACAGCGUUAACAUCAUUAACAAAUUUUAUUCAUCAUGGUAUGCUUUUUGUACCACUCGGGUAUUCAACUCCACUUUCAGGAAAUAUGGAUGAAAUACAUGGUGGUAGUGCCUACGGUGCAGGAACUUAUGCUGGAAGUGAUGGAAAACGUCAGCCAAGUGAACUUGAAUUAAAAAUAGCUGAACAUCAAGGAACGUUUUUUACACAAACAGCAACUGCAUUAAAGAUUGGUCGAGCAGCAUUACCACCAAAGGAAGCUAGUCCACCUGAUCCAAAACCAGAGGAAGGACACAAAAAACAUGAUCGACCACCAUCUGCUAAAAAAUAA